AUGUCUUUCGGGAGGCAUGCCUACCGGCAUGCGCUAAAGCCCACGGCUGCUCCAACCUUUGAUCACCUCUGGAUUAGCGAUGACCUACUCGCAGCUACUUUCCGUCGCUUCGCGAACGGCCAGCGUCGCCAUGGCAGCUGCGUUCCUGGCCCUCUGGAGGCACGAAGACGCCUAGCCAAGCGAAGAAACACCGCUCUCGCGGGCUUGGGUGCAGUGUCAGCGGAGGAUAUUGCUUGUCUUUUCGGCCGCAAUGGGAGGGAGCAUAUGAAGUGGACCGACCACCCGUGGCAGAGAGCUUCGCUUGAGACUCAAGGCACGUCAAACAAGGACAUUUCUCCGAUCCAAUCAGUUGCUAACCAUUACGAAGACUCGAGAAGUUAUUCAUUAGCCACCACGGAGGCUUCCUUGCCAUUUUAUGACCACAACCCCGAACCCAUUGACACCUCCAUCUCCCAUGACCCUCAACCAACUUCCUACAAGCCGACCGCCGCUUCCCGAGCCGAGCUUCUAGCAGAAUUUUUGGAGCAGAGUGAUUGGGGACUUGAAGAUGCCAGGGACUUUGCGCGUCAAUUGGGGAUCGAUCUCCAACGAGAACCCAAAUACAGCCGGCAGAUCUUCGACAACCUGCUCCCGCGUUCGACCACAGACCUGAAGCAAGUGAUUCAAUUUCUAGAUGACCCAUUCUUGAACACACGAGGCUCUGGGAAUUAUCUUACUGCCGUGAGUUUGUUUGUACAGACGAAAACCAAGCGAUCCAACCGGAUCGCCGUACUGAACUCACUUUGUCGUGCCCUCGAAUUGGGGCUUGUCGCAACCGACGAGCUCUGCCAUAUCGUCAAAGCUCUACCUAACAUCAUUGUUGAGCGAAACCAAGCUCUCGGAACAUGGGACCAGAAGACAUUGUUGAAGCAUUUUCGGGCUAUGUGGAAAGCUAUCGGUCGUUGUACCAUUCUUGGCUACCAUGACUUGGACAAAGAGCUUGUUGACGUCUGGCUUACUGAGCUUGUGAAUCUACGCAGCUUCCGCUUUGCGGAAGAAUUUGUUCUGGCCACCCACGACGCGAGCUCCGAUAGUCGUUGGCCCACGGCUUUAGUCAUGGCGCAACUGCAUGAGUCUGAGACGACGCUGGGCCUGACGACUGUUCACCACAUGCUGAGCCAACUUGAUGCGGAUUGUGGAGCCAGGUGUAUUGUCGAAGUUACGGAGUCCUUGGCGAUGCCUGAUACACAAAUCCAGAGUCGAUACCAAGUGCUAGAGUGCUGGCGACACUGUCUCUCAGAUUUGUCUAAUGUUCCGGCUCUUGCAAAUUCGCAGGUAUGGCUCGACUUGCCAUUUGCAUAUAAUGAGAAUAUCGCAGAGACAGCGCAAGCUCCCCCAAUCCUGCCUGUCCAGCAGCAAAUUGUACUUCGCUUGUGGGCUCUGCGAGCGUUGAGUUGGUCGCCUGGGCCUAUGUACCGCCAUAUUCCGCGGCCCACCGACAAACCGAUUUACUUCUUGCUCGGACUCUACGAAAUGUCGACUGAGAGAACAGAUGGAUCUUUCUUGUCGGACCUGAUGCGUGGGAUACAGACUUUGAACCUCCCACACAGCAAUCUGCUCCUGCUUGCGGUGAGUAUCAAAAUGAAGAAGAAUAUCACGAAGAAUGCCCGCGAGACACUUGAGAAACUGGAAACCUCGCAAGUUUCUCUGACCGAUGUCUGGGCCGAUCCGGCGGCUUAUAAUGGCAUUCGUGCGCUGUUCCAUGGCACAUUUGAGCAAAUGUUCCGCCGCCUCGACAUCACGAGCUCAGAGUCCGCAGAAGAAUGCCUACAUCUUGCUAGAGUAGGAGACUCAAAGAGCAUCUGGUCCGUUCUGAGAAUCCUCCGCAAUCACACACCCUUCAAGCUUUGCCUCAACAAGGCUUGGGUCCCUCUGCCCCACCCCGAUGAAAUGGCCCUUGUACGCUAUCACGCAGGACCACGGAAUAGUCAAAGCCCUGACCCCCAUGCUGCGGUUGAUUUUGUCCACCGGCUAGCCGUUGCCAUCUCCUGCAGCCAUAACUUGACUCCCUCUCGGUCCUUCCAUCUCAUUCAUCUAUUGUAUGACUACCUGCGUCGACACGGUGGCCCUGUAUACCCGUCUUUGGUUCAGGCCAUGUAUCAUGCCGGAGUUGUGCGAUAUCGUCGCGAGGGGCGUCGCGUUUCUCCCACGCAGUAUGAAUAUAUCCUCUGGAUUGUCAGCAAGUUCGAAGGCCACGAGGUUGCCAGGCAAUUGAGUGCCCCGGCGCAGAUUGGCUUGGGCAAGCCUGGUCACCAGGAUGAGUUCUAG